AUUCGACCAUCAAACAUGCCUGAGAUACGUCCACUUAGUCCAGAAUUGCAAAAGAAUGCCAUUGAGCUGCUUAAUGAGGUACCAGAUAGAAUCGACAAUGAUAUUGCCGCUUUGAGGCAAUGGAUCAAACAGCAGCCCCAUCUAAAGUCCCGGACCGAUGAUCAGUUUCUGGUCAAUUUUUUGCGUGGCUGUAAAUACAGUCUGGAAAAGACCAAGGCAAAGAUUGAUCGUUUCUAUACAUUGCGUACCAAAUAUCCGGAAUACUAUUUAGCUCACAAUGUGGAUGUGGAAAAGUGUUUGGAACUUUUUCGCUUGGGAGUUAUUGUUGUCCUACCACGACCUUUGAACGAUAAUGGACCACGUUUGGCCUUCAUGAGAUCCGGUGUCUAUAACCCUGAUGUGCAUAGCUUUCAGGAAAUCAAUCGAGCCUGCAUGACAAUGCAACAAAUUAUGCUUGACGAGGAUGAUGUGGCCAUUGUGAAUGGCUUAAUAAGCAUAUUGGAUCUGGCCGAUGUCGGUAUGGGACAUUUUCUGCAGAUGACACCGGCGAUUGCCAAAAAGAUGACUGUCUAUCAGGAGGAAGCCUUGCCAUUGCGACCACAAGGAACACAUUUUAUUAAUACACCAGGUGGCUUUGACAGGGUAUUUAACAUCUUUAAGCCCAUGUUGUCCCAGAAGCAGCAGCAAAGACUUUAUGUGCAUGGCAGCAAAUGGGAAUCCUUGUAUGACAAGAUCCCAAAGAAAUAUCUACCUGUGGAAUAUGGCGGUGAGAAUGGAUCUAUUCCCGAAAUUAUCAAAGAGUGGGAGCAACGAAUUUUGGCCUACAAGGGCUAUUGGGAGGAGGAGAAAAACUAUGGAACAGAUGAACGUUUACGUCCGGGCAAACCAAUCGAUUUCGAUAAUCUCUUUGGCAUGGAGGGCUCUUUCAGACAGCUAAAUGUGGAUUAAGAUUAUUGUAUCGAUUGAAACAAAGAAAUUGCUUGUUGAAUACUCAAAAGUCUAAUCUAUAGAACCAUAA